CAAUAAUAUUAUGAAAUAAUGAUAUAUUUUGUAUGAUAAUAAUUAAAUAAAUUGUAUUGAAUUCCAGGUACUUGGAUUAUAAUAAAAUCAGGGAUAUCGAAUCAUUAGCUCAUCUGACAGAGAUACUGUUAUUGGACUUGAGCCAUAAUGAAAUCAAGGAUGUCAAAUCAUUAGCUCAUCUGACAGGGUUACAGUCCUUGUACUUGGGUGAUAAUAAAAUCAGGGAUAUCGAAUCAUUAGCUCAUCUGACAGGGUUAGAGAACUUGGACUUGAGCUAUAAUGAAAUCAUGGAUAUCGAAUCAUUAGCUUCUCUGACAGAGUUACAGUUCUUGGACUUGAGCUAUAAUGAAAUCAGGGAUAUCGAAUCAUUAGCUCAUCUGACAAAGUUACAGUUCUUGGACUUGAGCUACAAUGAAAUCAGGGAUAUCGAAUCAUUAGCUCAUCUCACAGAGUUAGAGACCUUAAUGUUGAGCAACACUAAUAUAAGUGAAGUGAAAAAUGGUGCAUUUGAAAACCUUUCGAAGCUUCAGUCAUUAUACUUGGAUAAUAAUAAAAUCAUGGAAAUCGAAUCAUUAGCUCAUCUGACAGAGUUAGAGACCUUGAUGUUGAGCAACAAUAAUAUAAGUGAAGUGAAAAAUGGUGCAUUUGAAAACCUUUCGAAGCUUCAGUCAUUGUACUUGGAUAAUAAUAAAAUCGAAAACAUCGAGACUGGGGCUUUUAAUAACUUAACGAGUUUAAACUCCUUAUCCUUGCAUGACAACAAUAUUCAUAAAAUCGAUUCGGAAAUAUUUAAAGGACUUACACGACUGUAUAAACUAGUUUUGAGCAACAAUAAUAUAAGUGAAGUGAAAAAUUGUACAUUUGCAAACCUUUCAAAGCUUUUGUCAUUGGACUUGCAAAAUAAUAAAAUCAGGGAUAUCGAACCGGAAUCAUUUACUUAUCUUACAGAGUUAGAGACCUUAAUGUUGAGUAAUAAUAAUAUAAGUGCGGUGAAAAAUGGUGCAUUAGCAAACCUUUCAAAGCUUCAGACAUUAUUCUUGCAUAGAAAUAAAAUUGAAAACAUCGAGACUGGAGUUUUUAAUAACUUAACGAGCUUGAAAGAAUUAAACUUGGAUUACAACAAAAUUCAUAAGAUCGAUUUGGAAAUGUUUAAGGGACUUACAAAACUGGAUAAACUGUCGUUGGACUACAAUAUGAUAAGACAUAUUCCACCUGGGAUAUUCGAUUCAUUAACGUCGUUGAGUCUUUUACAGCUUGACCAUAACCCGUUGACGUGCGAUUGCAAUAUUCUGUUGUUUGUAAACGUGAUGAAGAAAAGUUACCCCCAGCGGGAUGUACUUGGGAAUUACGACCCGUCGUGUCAUUUCCCCGUAGAAAUGAGUGAAAAAUCGUUGAAGGAAAUAACCGAAAACGAUUUUAAUUGCUCAUCUCCGUAUGUAAUCGUCUUACCAGAGAACAAGACGGUGUCGGUCGGUGAACAGUUACAACUCUUGUGCAAAGCCGUAGGAGACCCGGAACCUUUUAUAACGUGGGCCAAAGACGACAUCGAUCUAGAACUUGGCCAAAGAGUUCAGGUAUUUCAAAACCAUACAUUGAUUAUAUCCAAAGUGGAAAGAACGGACGGCGGUCAAUAUAAGUGCGUGGCGUCCAAUUAUCUUGGACGAAAAUCUUUCGAGGCGAUGGUUAACGUAAUCGGUUUGGCGGAAAAUGGUUGUAAUACCGUGUUUGGAGUAACACCAUGUUUUUUUUUUAUUAUUAUUAUAUUAGCAAAUUGCCUAUUGUAUAAUGACAUAUUGUAAAAAAAUUAUUAUUAUUAUUUUUGUGACUUAUGUAUUGUAUAUUUUAUAAUUAAUAUGCAUAUUGUUAAAUAUAAUAUAAAGUGCACUUAUUUUGUUUCACCAUUUAAUACACCUUUGCAAAAUAUAUCAAGCUAAAUACACUCAUUCAGAAUUAAAUUCUCCACAAUAAAGAUACGUAGAUAAUUGUUUUGUCCGAUAGGUAGGUACUUACAUGGAUACACCAAAUGAGUAAUAUACCUAAUAAUUUAUAUUUGUACGCAAACAAUUGCAUAGUCUUAAAGUAAAAAUGUUAUGCAAUUUGUAUUAAAAAGUUAUUAUUAGGCACAUUUUAUAAGUAGGAUUUUAUUUCUUAUGAUACAGCUGAUUACAGAUUUAUUUUUUUUUCGGCCACUAAGACUCGUUAAUUUACUUAUAUGGUAUAACAAUAUACAUUAUAUUAUUUAUUAU